AUGGAGGACGAUUGUGAAUGGGCUUGGCUCCCCAAGGACUUACUGCACUCCAUAUUAGACCAGCUACAGCCAAUGGAAGAUGUUAUCAGAUUCAGCGCCGUUUGUACGGAAUGGCGUUCUGUGGCGGUAGCGAAUUUGAAAAGUCGCUCUCUUCAUCAAAGAGGAGUUCCAUUCUUGAUGAGUCGUACAAAAGACAAUAUCGGUAAUUUACACAGCGUGACCCAGAAGAAGAUGUAUAAAUUCCGGUUUCCAAUGCCUGACAAUAUGAAGUGUUGCGGCUCUUCCCUCGGUUGGUUGAUUAUGCUCGAUGUCACCAUGGACAUCAUCCUCUUCAAUCCCUUCUCUGGCAACACCAUUACUUUUCCUCCCAUUCGACGAUUGGUAUUUGAGAAACGUUAUGCACUAGAAUAUCCACGGUCUCUCUGCUCUCAAGCGAUAUGA